AGUUGAGAGGAGAAAGCACAGAGCAGCGGCAUCAAGCUGUCAGCCAGCCCGCAUCGUCGCUCGUCUCGACCGGACACAAAAGGUGUUAGGGGGCAUUUGACAGCUCCGUGCCCCAGAAGGGGUUGUUGUGAUGGAGACGCCGGGGAGGAUAGCAACCACACCGGAUGCACUGGACUUCACGGUGGAGAAUGUAGAAAAGGCCCUCCACCAGCUGUAUUAUGAUCCCAACAUCGACAACAAGAAUCUGGCCCAGAAGUGGCUCAUGCAGGCCCAAGUGUCUCCUCAGGCCUGGCAGUUCUGCUGGGCUCUCCUGAGCCCAGAAAAGGUUCCUGAGAUCCAGUACUUUGGCGCAAGCGCGCUCCACACCAAGAUCUCCCGCUACUGGUCGGACAUCCCCAGCGACCAGUACGAGUCGCUGAAGAGCCAGCUGUUCUCGCAGAUUGCCUGCUUCUCUUCAGGCGCCAAAAUGGUGCUGACGCGGCUGUGCGUGGCGCUGGCUUCGCUGGCGCUCAACACCAUGCCCGAGGCCUGGCCCGGCGCCGUGGCCGAGAUGGUGCGGGUGUUUCAGGAGGAGGGCGGAGGGAUCGACGGGCGAGCGCGCUGCCUGGCACUGCUGGAGCUGCUUACCGUCCUUCCCGAGGAGUUCCAGACCAGCCGCUUGCCGCAGUACAGAAAGGGACAGGUCCGAGGUGCCCUGGGCCAGGAGUGGGGCUCGGUCUGCCCGCUGCUUCAACAACUGCUGCGACGGACGGACAGCCCCGGGGCGGUGAAGGCCCGAGUGCUGCGGUGCCUGUCGUCCUGGGUGCUGCUGGACGUACCGCUCAGCGAGAGUGAGGGCCUGGUGUACGACUGCUUCGUCGCCCUGCCGGACCCCGAGCUCUUCGAUACUGCUGUGGAGGCGCUGGUCAACGCCAUCUCACAGCCCGACUCCCAAAGGUAUGUGAACACACUGCUGAAGCUGGUCCCUCCAGUGCUGGCUCUCCAGGAGCAGCUCAGAGAGGCCGUCCAGAAUGGUGACAUGGAGACUUGCCACGGCAUCUGCCGCAUUGCCGUCACGUUGGGAGAGAACCACUCCAGGAUUCUGCUGGAGCAGGUGGAUCACUGGGAGAGCUUCCUGGCUUUAGUCAACAUGAUCAUGUUUUGCACAGGCAUCCCAGGCCACUACCCGGUCAACGAGACCACCAGCUCGCUCACCCUCACCUUCUGGUACACACUACAAGAUGAAAUCAUGUCAUUCGAGUCAAACAAGCAGGCAUUGUACCUUCAGGUCUACAGGCCGGUUUAUUUCCAGCUAGUGGACGUUCUGCUCCACAAAGCCCAGUUCCCCUCAGACCAAGAGUAUGCGUCCUGGUCCUCGGAUGAGAAAGAACAGUUCCGCAUCUACAGGGUGGACAUCUCUGACACGCUCAUGUACGUCUAUGAGAUGCUGGGUGCUGAGCUGCUGAGUAAUCUCUAUGACAAACUGGGACGACUCUUGACGAAUACGGAGCAGCCCACGUCGUGGCAGCACACAGAGGCUUUGCUGUACGGCUUCCAGUCCAUCGCGGAGACGAUAGACGUCAAUUACUCUGACGUCAUUCCGGGCCUCAUAGGCCUCAUCCCCAGAAUCAGCAUCAACAACGUUCAGCUGGCCGACACCGUGAUGUUCACUAUAGGUGCUCUGGCUGAGUGGUUGGCAGACCACCCAGUGAUGCUGAGCAGCGUCCUGCCCCUGGUGCUGCAGGCUCUGGGCAACCCGGAUCUUUCCAUCUCUUCCGUUUCCACACUGAAGAAGAUCUGCCGCGAGUGCAAAAGCGACCUGCCGCCUUACGCCGCCAACAUAGUAGCCGUAUCUCAGGAGGUUCUAAUAAAGCAGAUCCACAAGACGAGUCAGUGCAUGUGGCUGAUGCAGGCACUGGGUUUCCUUCUGUCUGCACUGCCUGUGGAGGACAUCCUGAGGAACCUUCACUCCCUCAUCACGCCUUACAUCCAGCAAUUGGAGAAGCUAGCAGAGGAGACGCCUAAUCCGUCCAAUAAAUUAGCUAUCAUUCACAUCUUGGGGCUGCUAUCCAACUUGUUCACCACGUUGGACAUCAGCAAGCAGGAUGACGAAUCUGCGGAUCACUCAGCUGUGCCUGUCAAAACGACCCCUCCCCCACCCGGACCCAACCCGGUGGUGGUCGUCCUGCAGCAAGUGUUUGCUCUCAUACAGAACGUACUCAGCAAGUGGCUGAACGACUCCCAGGUGGUUGAGGCAGUGUGUGCCAUAUUCGAAAAGUCAGUGAAAACGCUGCUGCACGACUUUGCGCCCAUGGUGUCGCAGCUGAGCCAGAUGCUGGGACAGAUGUACAGCACCAUCCCCCAAGCCUCUGCCCUCGACCUAACACGACAGCUGGUCCACAUCUUCGCCAGCCAGACGGCGCACUUCCCGCCUAUCAAGGCUCUGUUUGAGCUCGUUACCUCAGUAACGCUGUCCAUCUUUCAGCAAGGUCCAAAGUAGGACACAACAGAGCUAUGUGAAACUGCAGUUUGCGUAUUUCAUGUACUUUUCUCUACAGAGACCUAUGUCUAAGUCUGGCAAUACUGAUGUAGCAACAUUUUUAAAGCUAAGCCAACUGGGACAUAAAAAAACAUCAGAGUUCAUAACACUCACUGCUCAAAUGUUUACUUAAAUAUUCUGUGUCAACUUGUUGAAAUAUUCAGGCCAUUCGCCAGACACAACACUUGCUACACUUGCACAACAUAAUGAACCAAUGCAAGAGAUGGAGUGAAAGAUUCUGCCUUCACGAAGAUAAUGAUACUUAGAUUUUCCUGAUACUGUCAGAUAGGUGUUCUGCAGGCCUAAUGUGCACAAUUGCUGUAGAAAAUGGAUAGAUAAUUAAUACUCUAUUUUAAUUAAUCAUUUAUUGAGAAAAAAACAGCUGAAUUAGUGCAAUAAAUAGUACAAGACUGGAUAAUGUAUGUAAACGCUUAUGAAUGAAGUGGGGUGUAGAUGAAAUAUUGACUAAAUUUGCAAUCGCUAACAGUUAAUCAAAUGUUACUCAAAACUAAGCAUUUUUCUUAUCUUUGUAAUUGCAGAAUUUGUGAUAUAAAUUAUCUCAUUAGAGUGUGAAGGUGUACCUAAUGUUGUGUCCAGUGACUGUAUUAUUUCAGUGUAGCCUGGAAAUUUAUUUUUGGUAAUUGGCACUCAAAACACAUUGAUCAUAAAAAACAAGACAUUGACGUCUGCCUCUCCCGCUUCCCUUUAUGUUGCCGCCUUCUCCCUUCCACCCCCAACCACUGUCUCCUGCCUCUCUUCCUUUGACUGCUUUCGUAAUGGCUGCCUCACCCCCGCUUCUUAAACUCUUUCCUUUCCGAGCAGGUGCCCUUCUUCAAUAAGACAGAAUAUGUUCACAGCACAAAAAGCGCUCGCUUAGUCGUAUGGCUGGCAUGUAAACGCAGCCUACGACACUACUAGAGCUGAGUGGCGGCCCUCUGAAUAAGCCCUGUGUUCCCUUUGUGUGUGAGUCUAUGCUUGUGAGUGAGUGAGUGAGUGAGUGAGUGUGAGAGAGAGAGAGAGAGAGUGAGAGAAUGUAAGGUGAGUGACUUAGUGCUAAUGUGAGUGUAAAAAUGUGUGUGUGAGUGUCUGAAAGACUGAUUGUGUGUAAACAGGAACGUGCACAGACAUUUUUUGGGAUAGGUGCCAAAAAAAAAGGGCAUCCAUCGUCAAAAUGAUUCAUACAAUUAAGAAAAAAACAAUAGUAUGUAUUUAAUUUGGGUACCGUAAUGUCUUGCGUAUCAUGCAAAUUUCCCCCCCCAAAUAUUGUCAAGUCAAUAGUGCGUGUUAUACAUAGGUACAGGGGAAAUGGAGAAAAAAGUUUCACAUUUUAUAAAUGUAUGCCGCCAUCUAGAGGUUAUGAAAAACACUUUCAUUCCAAUAAUGCCAACACCACCUAGACGUUAUGAGAAAGGUGUAACCUACACUUUCAUUCCAAUAUGACAGGGGUAUGUCUGACUGCAUAUAUAUAUAUAUAUAGAUGUGCUCAUAAGUUAACAUACCCUGGCAGAAUUUGUGAAAUAUCUUUUAAAAAUAAAUAAAUACGAGUGAUGACUGAACAACAACCAUCAUUAAUUUCUUUAUGGUUAUGUUUUGUUUAAUGAUAAUGCUUUUCUGAAAUGCUUGACAGUUUAAUUUGAACCCAAUUAAAAUUAAAUGGGCGGCACGGUGGCCGACUGGUUAGAGCGUCAGCCUCACAGUUCUGAGGACCCAGGUUCAAUCCCUGGCCUAGACUGUGUGGAGUUUGCAUGUUCUCCCCGUGUCUGCAUGGGUUUUCUCCGGGCACUCCGGUUUCCUCCCACAUCCCAAAAACAUGCAUAAAUUGGAGACUCUAAAUUGCCCGUAGGUGUGACUGUGAGUGUGAAUGGUUGUUUGUUUGUAUGUGCUCUGCC